AUGUCAUUAGCAGAAUUUGAUGAAAUACAUUACGACCACUCAGUAAAACGCCUCGAUACUCCCUCCAGUUACUUACUUCGUAAGGCUAGAAAGAAUCCUAAUGGGUUAGAAGAAUUGAGACAAUCAGUGCGUUCAGGAACUGUCUACGUUGGAAAUCUCUCAUUCUAUACAUCUGAAGAACAAAUUUAUGAAUUGUUUAGUAAAUGUGGCACUAUUCAACGUAUUGUUAUGGGGUUAGAUAGAUUCAAAUUUACACCAUGUGGAUUCUGCUUUGUUAUUUAUACUAAACCAGAGGAAGCCCUUAAUGCUGUUAAAUAUUUGGGUGACACCAAAUUAGAUGAUCGUAAUAUCUCAAUUGAUAUUGAUCCAGGGUUCGAAGAUGGACGUCAAUUUGGUCGUGGUAAAAGUGGUGGACAAGUUUCUGAUGAACUACGAUUUGAAUACGACGCAUCAAGAGGUGGAUUUGCUAUUCCAUUCUCUGAAAGAGUCGGCAAUAACUAUGAUUUCCAAGCCAAGCCAAAACAUAGAAGACGUAGACGCCAAUUAUCAGUAUCAGGUUCUAUGCAGCCUCCAACGAUGGUACAAGCUCCACCACCGCCAAUGCCGGAACAAUCGGGUGGUAUGUCUGAUCAAGAAGACAACUAUGUCCCUGAAUGA